AUGCAGCUCAGAGACCUCACCGCCCUGCUGCUUCUAGCUCUAUCGACAGCCCACGCGUCCUCCGUGCAGGCUCGCGAAGCCAUUCCGGCCGAGCUCUCGGCGCGAGCUUGCACCUACAACGGCUGUCAGUGUGUGAGCGGCCUCGCGCAAGGCGUCUACUGCGGCAACUGCGUCGUCGGGGCCGGUACCUACGCCAUCAAGACGAAGCGGGUUCGGACCCACGCUUUCGAGUGCAGCCCCGGUGGAGGAUGUUGCUCGUACGGGGCUGCGAGCGACUGCGGCACGAGCAGAGCGAGAUGCCGGAGCGGUUCGGCGAACUGA